GUUAUCUUUAAAAAGAGACAGUAUAAAAUGUACGGGUUACUCUCACAGUGAUGUUAGUUGCUAUAGGCACAGUCCCUAGCAACCCAAGCUGCAUGCAGUGUGGGGCCGGUAUUAGUGGGGUGUAACUCCCAGCCUGGAGGCUUAUGGGGGCGCAGGGAGUUACAUACAGAUAUAAAGGCUAAAUGCCCCUUCAGCUACCGGCGGGGCAAAUACACGGCUGUACUACAGGGGUAGUGGUUACUGGGUCCGACUGAUCCGAAUACCGGAAUGUGUCUCCGUAUAAGAACCAGUGCCCCCCCCAUGGGCAGGCGCGGCCAUAGAAACCCAGCGAUGGACAGAAGACUUUCCAACCCCCCGGUCCCCGGGGCCCCUGUGGAUUUCUCCUUCAAAUGCAUCAACUCAGUGGAAGAUGUGCUGCUGGAAGAGCCCAGGCUGGGGGUGAGGCCCCUCAAGCGCUGUGAGAAUGGCAAGCUCCUGAGCCAAGCUCUGCGCCUCAACAACAACACCCUGACCGACCUCAAAGGCUUCGGGGAGACGGCAGAAAAGCUGCUGAGUGACCCCCCCCAACUCCGCUGGAUUGACUUGUCCUUUAAUGAUCUGUCCACCAUUGACUCUGUCCUGCCCAAAUACCGAAACCUCAGCGUCCUCAAUCUCCAUAGCAACAGCAUCAGGCAACUGUCCCAGGUGGAUAAACUGGCCGCCUUGCCCAACCUGAAGAGCCUGACCCUGCACGGCAACCCAAUCGAGGGAGAGCGAGGCUACAGGUGCUACAUCCUCUCUGUGCUGCCGCAGCUGAAGACAUUGGAUUUCAGCGCUGUCACCAAGCAAGACCGUGUCACCGCCGACGUCUGGAGGCGCAUGAACAUGAAGCCGCGGCGCCUGAGAAGGAAUAAAGAUGAAUAGGCCCAGUGCGUCUGUGCCCUCGCCGCAGGGAAACGCUUCCGAUCUCUGGAACAGCCAAUGGCCUUUGUGCCCCCCCCCUUUACUUUCUAUUGUUCCCAAAGCUUCUUAGCACUGAGGUUCUGAUCCACAAACAAUAUGUUGAGAAGCACCAGCACCGGUAGUGUAACACAGUGAGUAAGGGGGGUAAAUGCCCCUGUGCCAUCGGGUUUAACCCUUUAUGUCUAUGGCCCUGCCCAACUUCUACUGAUCCACAGGGGGGAAAUAGAAGUGGCCCCAAUACAGAACCCUGGGGGACCCACUAAGUAGAGAAUGUACCAGUGACCCCCACCCCCUGUACCCGACCCUGUGCCAGUUCCCUACCCAUGUGCCAACAUCGCUUAGACCGACAGCCCUGAGUUUAGAAAACAGUAAUAUGUGGGGCGCGGUAUCAAACGCUUUGGCACAAAAUAGAUGCCCCCUUUUUGGGUCGGGUUUAACCCCCCCUUGUAUCACCUGGGCUGUAGGACGGCUGAUAUCUGAGUAGGGAACGUCUUGUCUGUAAAUAAAUAUUCCUUGAGAAUGGAA